AGUUUUGCGCUAUCGUGUAUGCAUACGGUGGACACGGACUACGUUUCCGUAAAAAAUAAUCAUUUGACUAACGUGAAAAUGAGUGCAAAUGCAGCUUUUUUACCGUGUCCCUUAUGUACAAAUUGCAGUGUUUUCGAAUCAGUUCAAGCUUUGAGGGAUAGAUUAAUUUACGUUUCCACAAACAAAAUAUUGUGUCCAGUAUGUCAAGAAGAAGUCUCUGGGUUAGAUAAGUUAACUAUUCAUUUGUUUAGUCAUGUUAAAAUUUUAAGUAUCAAACAAAGUGAUGAGAAUCAGCCAAGACAAAUUAACAAAAAUGUAGUAACGGAGAAUCAAGUAGUUAAUAUAGCUCAACAGAAAAAACCUAGACCUACGUCUAAAAAUAAACCACCUUCUACGAGUGCUGCCGCCCCAGUGAAGUACGUGAAAAUUUACCCAAAGCUGCCAGUUGUAUCUGUAAAUACAUUACCAAUUAUGGAUAUAUCAUGUGGAAAUACUAAAGAUAAUGUUCAAAAUAAAAUUCUACAAACAGACAUAUCAAAAACACUGCCUGAAACAAAUACUACUUGCGAUGUCUGUGGUUUACAAUUUGUAAACACUGAUAUUUUGAAAAUGCACAGGUGCCUGAUCCACAAUAUAGACGAUAAUUCUCAUCAAGAUUUUACACGCUAUCAAUGUCAUUUGUGUCCUAAGAAUUUCAAAAUGAGAGGGUCUCUUAUGGUACAUUUGAGAGUAGCUCAUUAUGGGUUUCUUUCUGGAUGCAGUGGAAAUGCAGAAUCAGAAAAAGAUGGAGUUAAUGGGAAAAUUAUUGAGCAAAAUACAGAAAAUCAAGUUUUAAUAUUACAAAGAAACGAAAACAAACAAUGGCAAUGCGACGUAUGUAAAAAAAGUUUCACUACUAAAUAUUUUCUCAAGAAACAUAAGCGUCUUCAUACAGGAGAAACUCCUUAUUCUUGUAAUCAAUGUAAUAAGAUGUUUACGUUUCAACAGUCUUAUCAUAAACAUCUCCUCUAUCACAAUGAUGAGAAGAAUCAUAUUUGCAACUAUUGCGGGAGGGCUUUUAAAGAAUUGUCUACCCUACACAAUCAUCAACGUAUACAUACCGGAGAAAAACCUUUCUCUUGUGAAACAUGCGGAAAAUGUUUUCGCCAAAGAGUGUCUUACUUAGUCCAUAGAAGAAUUCACACAGGUGUUAUGCCCUAUAAAUGCACUGCAUGUGAAAAAAGCUUUAGAUAUAAAGUAUCUCAGCGAACCCAUAAAUGUCCAUCUAAGCCACCUGGCACAGUUGUUCGUCAGACUGGAGAUCUCGUAAACAAACUCAAAAAGAAGCACGUCGGGUCAGAUAGUAUUAUAUUAGAAAACGGAGAAAAAUCUACCAUUGUAACAAACUAUCACGAGGUUUCCGAAGCUAAUGCUGAAUUAGUCCGGAAAGGUGCUAAAUUGUCGUUGGAAGAUAUGGAAUCAGAAAAUUUCAAUUUGAUAACGGACACGUUUGACAAUAAUAAAGACACAAAAGAUCACAAAGAAACUUCUUGUUCUACAAUGCAAUUGGGAAAUAACUUUACUAUAGACGACAAAGAAACGCCAAAGAUUCAUUUAGAAACAGUGGUUGAUUGUUCAUUAAAAGCUACCGACAAAAGUAUUCCUUCACCUUCGGAAAUUUUAAAAAACUUGUAUUUAUCUAAAGAAGACGAUAUACUUGAUAUAUUAGAAGAGCCAGGGAGUGAUAAAAAUUAUAAUUUAUACAAAGAUUUUGAAGUAUUUAUCUAAAAACGUAAAUAAAACUUAUUUAAUUUUAAUUUAAAUGACAGAAAUAUUUAAUGUAAUGUUAAUAAUAAACUGAGAGUUGGAAUUUCAUU